AUGCUUACUUUUUUUGUCAAAACAGAGGGUGCCACACGAGGGCAGGAGGACGGUGCCCAAAAGCGCUGCCAAGUUCACCACAAAGCCAUCAUCUGCUCCUGCAGUGAACCAAGGUGCCAGGGUGUCUCCUGUGGGACCACCACUUUCUGUCAUAGACCACGAAACCUCUUGAGGAGAGGAAAGAUGUUCAGCUUCUAUAAAAGCCAUAACACGGUCAAGGUGCUCCAUGCUGUCGCUCCCAACGGCUUCAUCAUGUUUGUUUCCAAAGCCUACGGAGUGCGGGCAAGUGAUCCGUACAUGACGGCAAACUCUGGAUUGCUCCACCACUUAGACUAUGGAGAUGAAGUCCUUGCUGACAGGGGCUUCACGAUCGCUGACAUUCUGCCAAUUGGAGUAGAGCUUGCGCUGCCUUCCUUUACGAAGGGAAAGCAGCUUGCUGCACGGGAUGCGGUGGUGUCCCGGGGGCUAGCCAAACUGCGAAUACAUGUGGAAAGAUCGAUCCGUCGCAUGAAAUGCUUCCGGAUACUGAAGUAUGUGCCCUCGUCAUAUCUUGCAAAGAACAACCACCUUGACCACAUUGUAGCUGUUGUUGCUGGGCUCUGCAACCUGCAGCCUGCUCUCAUCAAGGGACCACAGCUCAAAGAAACCUAA